AGAAUCAGGCGGUCAUCAUGCGUCACUGCUCAGGCGCGGAGACAACAACACAUCAUCAAUCCGACUGACCACCAUUCGCUCUUUGCGAUCCUCGGCGAAAUACUCAAAUGGCCACAACAUAAGUUUAUUAUAACCAGUGCGGAACAAAGUGGACAGAACUAUACGCGAAGAGAGCUUCGCUCAUAGCGAUGUGACCACUGGAAGAAUAGACUGUGCAGUGUGUUUGGAGAGGCAGAGACUAAGGAAACUAAAUUACAGAGACUAUUGUAUAUAAGUGGAAAACAUGUGUGAUAUAAGUGAUGGAUGAUAGAACGAUAGAACUUAAGUUAGACUAAACGAUAGUAUAGAAUAGUUGAGAAUGUUAGGCUUUGAAAAAUUGAAUGUUUACAACGCAAGUGAAAAUGUGAAGAAUUCCAAAAUGUUUUAUUUUAUUUGCUUACGUACUGUUACUGAUAAAAUAUAUCUGCUCGUGGCUCCUCCCGCGUGAAUGUCUUUUGUAAGGAAAAUAAGUAUCGCAAAUUAUGUUAAUUCAGUAGGUACUUAAUAUUGUUCCACACAUCCAAAUCUAAUUUAAUGUUUGUACAUUAACUUAUAACAAACAUGUAAACAUACAUACGUCUUCACGAACUUACACAAUUACAAUGUCAGUAGGUAAGUUCCAAAACCGUAGAUUCAUACUGAUAAACUCAUUUACAUAGCAAACACUGUGUACUUCGAGAUCGAAAUAAGGAACUGUUUGUCAAUUUUGAAAAUCAGAGUAGAUUCAGACAUAAAUUCAUUUUUGACGAAUUAUACUUAGGACUUAUUUUCCAGGAAUCGCUUCUAAAAAAAAACUUACUGGGUUUAGACUCAAGGACGAUAUUAGUAUAACACUUUUAAUAGCUUUAAAUCUGUACAAUAAAAUCAAAGCGCUAACAAUUCUGCAUUCAUCAAAUCUAGUCAACUAAACUCCUAAUAAUUGCCUAUAUGUAUUUACGUUUAAUAAUCACGCUAAGUAUACAUAUUUUACAAUUUUGUAUAUAAAAAUUAAUGUUUUGUAGUCGUUUGAGAAUGUAAGAAUAAAGAGAUUAGUAGUUAUUACAUUA